CGGGGGCGAAAUCGCGUCGGAGUUCGCGGACGGACGGCUGUCACCGCUUUUUUGUGUGACACAAAUGUUUUGCGCGAUUAAUACGCUUUGUUAAUUCGCGGUCGCGCGGUCACGAGCGUGUACGAGGGUUACGCGAGCGAGCUCCCUUCUCCCGCGAUUUCUCGCGCGCGGUAGAUCCACGCGUCACCGCCCGUCUGUACUGUCAUCGCGUCCAAAAGUCGAGAUUCCGUCGGGAGAGCCAGGAGCAGACAGAGAAGGAGAGACAGAGAAAGAGAGAGAGAGAGAGAGCGCGAGCGAGCGAGCGAGCGAACAUCGGAGGAAGGAGAACGCGCCUCAUCAAAUGUCUCGCGGACGAGACGGUUAGAUAUCUUCGGUGGUGAGCGAGAGAGAGAGAGAAAGAGAGAGAGAGAUAAAAAGGACCUCAAGAGGGAGAGAGAUAGAGAGACUCGGCCAGCUGGUGUUGCGAAUUCGUGGGCCCGUCACGAACGUCAGGAAGUAUCGUCCGCGAAGCGCCCGGAACUCGUAGUGAGCGAUAAUAAUCGCUCGGGGAAGCACAGCAGCGGCUGCGACGAUCCCGUGCCAUCAUCGCAGCGACAAUGGCAAAGACGUACGAUUAUUUAUUCAAGCUGCUGCUGAUCGGCGACUCCGGCGUAGGCAAGACCUGCGUGCUGUUCCGAUUCUCCGAGGACGCGUUCAACACCACCUUCAUCUCGACCAUCGGCAUUGACUUUAAGAUUCGUACCAUCGAAUUGGACGGAAAGAAAAUUAAGCUACAAAUAUGGGACACCGCUGGACAAGAAAGGUUUCGUACCAUAACUACAGCGUAUUAUCGUGGCGCGAUGGGAAUCAUGUUGGUGUACGACGUUACAAACGAUAAAAGUUUUGAAAACAUUAAAAACUGGAUUCGUAAUAUAGAGGAGAAUGCGUCAGCGGAUGUGGAAAAAAUGUUAUUAGGCAAUAAGUGUGAGCUUACAGACAAGAGGCAAGUGACGAAGGAAAGGGGCGAACAACUGGCUGUGGAAUAUGGCAUUAAGUUUAUGGAAACCUCGGCGAAAUCUAGUAUCAAUGUGGAAGAGGCUUUUUAUACUCUGGCACGUGAUAUCAAAGCGAAAAUGGAAAAGAAACUGAAGGAAGCAUCGAAUCCACCAAAAGGCGGCGGUCAUCAAUUGAAAGCUUCAGAACCACAAAGGAAGCCACCUAGUUGGCUCGCCCGUUGUACUAUACUCUGACCCCCCAAAUAUUUUCAACUGUUCAAGGAGGCGCAUCUAUUUACUAUCAUUAUUUACUUAUGUUCAUUUCGUCGAACAAAACCGAUGUUCUGUGGAACUUUUCACAUUUCAAGUAUCGGAUAUAGUGGGUUUAUUCCUUGACAAUGAAACGCAUCGUAUUAAAGACUCAGAAAUUAUGAAACAUGAAUGUAUUUUUUUGCCGAAGAAACCCUCAGAGGAGAAAGUAUUAAAAUGUUUUAUUUUUAUUAUAUAGAAAGGGAGUGUAUACGUGAGUGCAUUACAUGAAUGUUGAUUCAUGCAACUUUUACAAUUUGUUAUGCAAACAUUUUAUUGUUAAUCAAUAUAAUUAAAGGGAAAUAGUUAGGUGAAAUAGUUUCGCGUUGGUUUAAGUUGACGGAAUUUAUAUCCUAUUGAUGUGAUCUAUAUCCUAUCGUAUCUCUUAACCCUAAUCGGUAUUCGCUCUGAAAUUUGUGGGUCCAUUGUACUUUAAAUUAAUGCGUCUUUGCUUAAAGUCAACGGCUUUCUUUGUUUUGAAAGUCAAAAUCCGAGGGAAUAAGAUUAAAAUCUUAAAAUUAUGUGGAUUGUGAAAAAUUAUAAAUAAACGUAAUUGAAGAAAAUGUCCGAAUCCACACGAAUACCGAUUAGGGUUAAAAAGUUAUUAUACAAUAUAAUUUAUUGAAUCAGAUAAAAAUGUCAUGUAUUAAGCAUGUGAUAUAUCAAGCACGCAAUUUCUCCUCUGGUUUUCUUAUAUCAAGGGUAAUGGUCGAUUUUUUAUCGAAAAAUCACUGUUGAGUGUAAAAGUACGUGUUACUUAAUUUUUAUGGCAAUGGGAUGAAGUAUACAAUUUCUUAUGCACGAAAUUCUGCAAUUCAUAUUUCAAUAUAAUUUAUAUCGUAUGUGUUUCUCUUUAUCGGAGGACCAUGUGUCUAUAGAAACAUAGGAACAUACAUCACACCGUACAACAUCACAUACAAUGACUAAAAGUAAGAAAAAAAAAAAUAAGAUUAAGCAGUAUAGGUAUCACAAUCGUUUUUAUACUGUUAUUAAGCAGAUAUAGCUUUUUCACAAAAUUAACAGGAAAAACGUAAAGUGUACUAGAGCAUUAACCGAUGUAAUUAAAAUGCCUUGUGACGAAUUGAACAAAAACUUUAUAGAUUUUGUUAUAUCACGGAUAGUAAUAGAAUUUUUUAUUAGGUCUAAAAGGAAAGAGACAGACGAGCAUGAAUUAUGCGAGGCUUAUCUUCCGAUGAGAUUUAUUUUGCAUAUAGAGAUAGAUUCGUUUACAGGGAACCGCAAUAAAAGAAAAAAAUAAACAAAUCUCUUUCGUUCGCUGGUUGUCAUGAUGUGCAUCUUGCAAAUUUGCAUUUUUACCAUCAAAACUUGUUCAACUUAUACUUAAAUAUAC